AGUAAGGACAGUGUUAUAGUACUACGUUGCUUACUGGGUUGGGCCUCAGACCUCUUAGCCGUGCAAGUGCUGUGUGGUGGAGCGCCCGCGACUGCAAUUUCGUGCCUCCUAAAGGCCUCGCAGCUGCUCCUGCACCUGUAGCUCUAACUUAAAGACCCUUUCCUAGAGCUUGGCCUUGUCAGUCGAGCAGCGUGUUGGGAUGCGGCAGGCGACGAUGUCACCCGUCGCGUGCGCUAGCAGUGCGGGGAGUCGCUGCCUGGCCGCCUCGCGGAUCCUCCGCGCCGCUGCGGGCCGCUGCGUCCCGUUCCAGCACUCGGUUGUGCCGCCGCGGCCCGCGCUGUGGGCUCCCGCUGUGGCCGUCGCGGCGGGCCAGCCUGCCGAGCCCUCGGGGCUGCGCGGUGGCAGCCUCCGCACGCAUUGCAGCAGCUGCCCGCCUGGCGCCGCCGGCUCUCACCAGCAGCAGGACUAUUUCACCAUCACCACUCCACUGUACUACGUGAACGCAGCGCCCCACAUGGGCAGCGCCUAUCCGACCAUUGCGGCGGAUGUGGCGUCCCGGUUCCAGCGGCUGCUGGGCAAGCGGGUGCGUUUCCUCACCGGCACGGACGAGCACGGCGAGAAGAUCGCGGCGGCGGCGGAGAAGCGCGGCAUGACACCGCAGGCGCACUGUGAUGACAUCGUGGCCCAGUACACAGACCUGUGGGGCAAGCUGGACAUCCGCUUCGACCGCUUCGUGCGGACCACCGAGUCGCGCCACGCGGCGCUGGUGGUGGACGUGCUGGGGCGCUGCUGGGAGCGCGGCGACAUCUACGCAGCCGACUACGAGGGCUGGUACUGCGUGGACUGUGAGGAGUUCAAGGACGAGAAGGAGAUGGUGGCACUGGACGGCGAGGCCCAGCCGCGGGGCUGCCCCACUCACCGCAAGCCCUGCCAGCACCGCAAGGAGGCCAACUACUUCUUCCGCCUCAGCAAGUACUCCAAGGAGAUCGAGGAGCUGUUGAGCCGUGAUGACUUCGUGCAGCCCGCCUCCCGCCGCAACGAGCUGAUGUCGUACGUGCGCGAGGGCCUGCGCGACUUCUCCAUCUCCCGCGCCGCCGUGGACUGGGGCAUCCGCGUGCCACAGGACCCCAAGCACACCGUGUACGUGUGGUUUGAUGCGCUCAUUGGCUACCUGUCGGGGCUGCUGCCAGAGGACGUGGCGCCCGCCACCUCCGCCGUGCCGGCCCAUGGCUGGCCCGCCUCCGUGCACGUGAUCGGCAAAGACAUCCUGCGCUUCCACGCCAUCUACUGGCCCGGCAUGCUGCUCAGCGCCGGGCUGCCCGUGCCGCAGAAGGUGUACGGCCAUGGCUUCCUGACCAAGGACGGCCUUAAGAUGGGCAAGGCGCUGGGGAACACGCUGGACCCCCAGGCGCUGGUGUCCACCUACGGCUCUGACGCGGUGCGGCUGUACUUCAUGAAGGAGAUCAUCUUUGGCCAGGACGGCGACUUCAGCGAGGGCCGCUUCCGUGACGUGGUCAACGCCGCCCUGGCCAACAACCUGGGCAACGGCCUCAACCGCACGCUCAACCUGCUGGCCAAAUUCCACGACAGCGCCGUGCCGCUGGACUCGGCCUCGCUGCCUGCCGACCUGCCACUUCGCCAGCUGGCGGCGGAGAAGCUGCCGGCCGCCGCCGCCGCCUACGGCUCGCUGUCCUUCCACGAGGCGGCCGAGGCGGUGCUGGCUCUGGCCUCGCGCAGCAACCAGUACCUGGAGGAGACGCAGCCCUGGACCAAGCUCAAGAAGGGCACGGACGAGGAGAAGGCUGAGGCGGCGGCGGUGCUGGUGGCGGUUCUGGAGGCCGUGCGGUGUGUGGCGGUGGGCCUGGCGCCGCUCACACCCGGCCUCAGCCGCCGCAUCUACGCACAGCUGGGCUACAGCGACGCCCAGUUUGAGGCAAUCACGUGGGCUGACUCGGCCUGGGGCGGCCUGCAGGCAGGGCACCGCACCGCGGAGCCCGCGCCCGUGUUCGUGCGGCUGGAGGCGCCGGAGGACGCCGCGGCGGCAGCCGCCGCGGCCGCGGCCAAGGCGGCGCCGCCGCAGCCGUCUAAGAAGCAGCUGGCUAAGCAGAAGAAGGCGGAGCAGAAGGCAAAGCAGGCAGCGGAGGCCGAGGCGGCCGCGGCGCCGGUCACGGCCCCGUGAAGCUUGCAAGCGUGCCAGCAGAGUAGAGACAGGGAAAAUGGGGGCCCGUGCAGGGAUGACGGCGAUGGAGGGGGAGGCGUGACCGCGUGGACAGGCGUGUACGCUUACGUGGGGGCCUCAGGUUGCAUGAGAACGGUGUGGCGCACUCGGUUACGGUCACUGCUCAGUACUUGUCAAUGCCGAGCACUACGUGGCGCUUUCGGUCGAUCUUCUUCAUGGGGCACGCGCCGCUUUAUCCUUACAGAGCUUUCAUAUGCGGAAGUUAGUGCGACUUGCUGGCCCCGCCAGCUUUGACAGCAGGAGCAGCGGUCGCGGCCGCUGCGGCCGCGGGGCCACUGGAGACUGUGGCGGCCAGAAGGAUGCUGGCAGCGGCACGAGCACGGGCAGUGUAUGCACCCGGCAUUGGGCCGAGCGAAUGAGGCGCGGUUUAGUGGGCUGGAGCGGUAAUACCGAAGACCUUAUGGAAGCCUGGAACACCACGUGACAUGGCAGAGGCGGCAGCGACUGAUGGCGGCGGCGGAGUGGAGGCUGGCCGCGGUGGAACGGGGCGGCGCGGCGGGCGUGGCGCCGGCGCCGGCGCCCUUGUCGGCGAAGGCGCAGCAGGCUCAGGUCAAGGAGGCGAGGCCGGAGCUUAAGGCAGCGCGCAAGGCGCUGGUGUGACGCGGGAGCAAUGUACAGCUCUGUGGACUGACCAGCAGCAAAUAGUGUGAGGCAUGAGGCAGUUGCAUUGCUGCACAGGUUCGUGGCAGCCUUACCAGGCGUCCGGGCGCUUAUCAGUAGAGAUGGAUAAGCAGGUGCACGAGGGAACCACUGCUGCUGAGUGGGCUGCCUUAAGCUCGACGGUCAGCAGGGCGUGCACAGUGUGUGAGGGGUAGACCCAGGGUAGACCAGGAAGACAUGGAAAGCGGGCGGCGGCUGACGAGGAGUCGUGCUUGCACGCGUGGCAGACUGAGAUGCAGUGAUCUACCUAGAUAUUUGCAAAGUUCGGCAUGCGGGGACUUGUUGCGAUACUGUUGGGAUGGUCGCGUCCUCAGCUCUGCAUAAGUAGUGGGAUGUGCGGCAGGAUGCUGGACAAGGCUGUUGGCAGUACCGGUAUGGGAUAUAAUGUAGACCCACUGCACUAUCGUGUGCACAGCUGCGCAGCACGUCUAGUUUGAUGCCUGUAAAAUUGCACCCGA